AUAAUCAGCCUGCAAAUAAAUUAAAGGAAGCUUGAAUCUGCUUUAAACUUGACGUUUGUCAUGUCCAUGGCGUCUUCCUCUUCUUGUGGCUCUCGCGAGGGACACUACAGAGGGGUCAGAAAGAGACCGUGGGGUCGCUAUGCCGCCGAGAUACGCGACCCUUGGAAGAAAACUAGGGUUUGGCUCGGCACCUUCGACACCCCCGAGGAGGCAGCCAUGGCCUACGACGGCGCCGCUCGUUCCCUCCGUGGACCAAAGGCCAAGACCAACUUCCCCCCGUCGCCGCCGCUGGCCACCGCCCUCGAUCUCAGCAUAGGAACGUCCUGGCCCCCCGUCCCAUCACGCCGUGUGGCGCUCCGUGAGUUUCUCCAAACUAGCAUCCUCCGUGAUCAUCUUCCACCACCACCUCCUCCUCCUGCUGCUGCUCAGACACCGAUGGCAGUGGCUGUGAGUGAGGGCGGAUCCCACCAUGUACUGGAGAGUUCUGAGACGACGUCGUUUUUGGGAGUGGCUGGGCGCGGUCUUCCCGUGGAUCUGAACGAGCCUCCACCUUUGUGGCUGUGAGCGUGCGUGCCUACGUGUCAACGUGUGGGUGAGUAAUAUUUUAGGCUUCGGAUGACGUCUUUUUUGCACUCCAUCGUGUCUUCCAUUCUCAUGGGAGUUAUUUCUAUCUCUCUAUCUAUCUAACAUCUAGACUUAGAUUAUAUCAGAAUUCAGAAAUCUCUUGUAUAUUAUUCAUGUGUUCCACAAUGUCUGUACCAAACUUAAUUAAUUGCGGCUUGCUAUUUCAUAUUUCCUUCUUUGUUUAA